AAUAAAUACCAAAAUAAUAAUCAUUUGCUUUUGACAUACAGUUAGCCAUUGAUUGCCAUUUCGGAGACAAUUAUGUCGACCGCCGCUCAGGAGGAAGAGGUCGACGACUACAUGUCCGACACGUUUGUGCCCCAAGAGCUCAAUGAUAUCCGGCCAUCGCUUCUCUACAGCCAUAGUCUGCGCGUAAAACAGGCGGCGCUCACGAAGAAGAGUGCGUCCGAUCCGAAGCCGAAGACCUAUUAUCGACAACUGGAGGACCGGCUCCGGGAGGAGGCGCUCAACACACCCCUCGACGAGACCAACAAAGGCUUCAAAAUGUUGGCCAAAAUGGGACUCAAUUUACCGCAAAGUAGUGGACAAUCACUGCCACCACAACCACAACAGCCCCAGAGUAGCGUCAAUGAGAGCGCCGGCGCUGAUAGCGCUACCGGUGCCGCCACUGAUGCCAUCGCUGGUGACCAUACGAUAGCCGCCAAAGACUGGAAGAGUUGGGAACCGAUCCGAAUUGAGCUGAAGAACGAUCGCAAGGGUUUGGGAGCCGUUAAGCGUCGCGUAGCCGACGACGACAAGCCACAGGUGCGACACAUCGAUGAUAAGCGCGUCGAAGACCAGUUCCGGACCCAUAAGAGGUCCAGAAAUGUGUUGUUUCUGAUGUCCAAAGAUUUGAGAACCGCUCAGAAGGUGUGCCGCAAUUUGGACGCCGAGUCCGGUGUCGAGGAACAGGAGUUUUUGGCGCAAACAGAGCGCCCGAAAUGGUUUUGGCCGCCCAUUGAGCGCCAGUCCGCUGAUGAUGGGGAAGGGGUUGUGGAACAGGAGGUCGCAGAGGACGGGGAUGAGGAGGAGGGAUGCGUUGAGCAGAGGUUUAAAGCGAUUAACGAGUAUUUGCGGCAAAAGUACUUCUAUUGCAUUUGGUGUGGCAUUCAGUUUAAUGAUAGCCAAGACAUGAGUGAUAACUGUUUGGGUGACACCAGAGAUGAUCACCAGUAGGACAUGGGUUUGUCAGCACCGGUAGCCCUCACACAAGUGUCGUAAUAUAU